AUGCCGAACAAACGAGUGUCCCAGUCCCCAGUCCCCAUAUACGAGGUCUUUCCGAGCGACGCUUCUUUUGACUACCAUGACGAACCUCUCGAUCAUGGACGUGCCACGACCAACGAAGACUACAAAGAGGGCGGGUUCCAUCCAAUCCAUCUUGGUGACACCCUCGGUACGUCUUAUCGUGUCCUUCGUAAGCUCGGCCACGGGGGGUACGGCACUGUUUGGCUUUGUCGAGACACGCGCGAUGGCUGCGCUGGCUAUGUCGCUGUCAAGGUGACCAUUGCAAUGGUCAAGGCGGAGGACGAGAUCUCGGACCUGACCAUCUUGGCGGGCCUGGAUCGGUCGUCGGUACCCGGUUCCGACCAUAUUGCCUUUCCACUGGAUACCUUCUCAAUCACAGGCCCCAACGGAACACAUCAGUGCAUCGUGCUCCCCCUUCUCGGGCCUUGCGUCUCGCCUGACUUGUGGGUGCGGCUGAAGGACGAGCCGGGGCCUGUCCUCCGGAAAAUGGCCUAUCAGGCUGUAAAAGCCAUAAACUUCCUACACACAAACGGCAUCUGUCACGGAGACUUUCGGCCAGCCAACAUCUUAGUCAAACUGAACAGCCUCGAUUAUAUGUCCGAGGAAGAACUGUUGUCACGCUUCGGCGAGCCGAAGUUGGUCAACGUAGUGACAGAGUCGGGUGAUGACCUCCCUGUCUCGUCGCCGCGAUAUCUGACGCCUGCAAUCGACCUCUCCCGUCUAGGCGACGACUACCUGACAGAUCAGAUCUGCGUCAUUGACUUUGGCGAAUCCUUUCGUAUAUCAAACCCCCCAGACGUCUCGUGCAUUCCAGAAAUGUAUCUGUCGCCCGAGGUACUGCUUCAACUGUUACGAGACGAGAAAAAUGGCUAUGGGGAUGACGAUAUAGGCGAUUACAAUGUCUAUAACUACGACAACGAUGACGAUAAUAACGAGGAGGAUACGAGAAAAAACAAUAAAAAAGACGAGGACGUGGACAACAACAUGGACAAUCCAAAAGAGGAACGAGUGGCCAUCGGUCCAGCCUGCGACCUUUGGGCUCUCGGGUGCACGCUCUUUGAGAUACGGCAACAGACUGCGCUCUUUCACAUGAUUCAUGACCCAGAUGAUCUCGUUGCUGAAAUGGUACGUUACUUUGGCAAACUUCCUGCCCAGUGGUGGGACGCGUGGGAGCGUCGGGCAGAGUAUUUUGACGAGCAGGGGACGUGGAUUCGAGAGAACGAGGACCGGUCCCUUGAGUGGCUACUCGGCCAGUCGAGUGAUACUGUGCAGUCACCCACGUUCCAGCAGGACAGCAGCUACAUACGGUGGACAAGCAUGACCACACCGCAGGCAGAACAGAAGCUGAUGGCGGAUCUUCUGUACAAGCUGUUCCAGUACGACCCGGACAAGCGCAUAAGUGCCGAGGGCGCGGUGACGCACGAGUGGUUCAAGAUGUAG